AUUAGUGUUUGUGUGUUGUAUAGAAGGCUCUGGAAGGCUAUCGCGCAUAUACCCUAGGCCACUGUCUUCCUGCUGUGGACAGCCCAUGGCGCGGAGAAGUAGAAGUCGUAGUCCUAGCUACCACCGUAGACAUACGGGACGUGGCAUGAGUCCCGGAAGUCAUCGUAGAUAUCACGAUGUAGAUAGUCGUUACCCUCGUGAUUACAGCCGUGAACGUGAUCAAGCUUCACAUUACCGAGUAGAUUCAUAUGAUCGUGAUGGCAGGUCAUACAGCAGACGCAAGGAUUAUUCAUAUGAUCGUCGAGAUGUAGAUUACCGUCGUCGAGGUGACAUCAGUGACAGAUCGAGGCCACGUCGUGAUGACCGUCAUGCUUCCAGGGAUGAACGGUACUAUACACCCCGGGAGGAUACAUAUCGCUCCAAUCGAGAUGACAGACAAAGCCACAAUGGUGAGAAGUAUUAUACACCUCGAGAUGGUAGCAAUCGUCACAGGGACGAUCAUCACGCAUCUCGGGAUUCUGGGCGCGACGUGCGUGAUCGUCACAACGACCGGGGUAGACGCAGCGCCAGCUUUGAAAGCGCAUGUAGCUUCGGGUCACAAGUAUCGUUUGGUGGCGACCAUGAGGUAGAGGAGGUAGCUGCGGAUGCAGAUGAGCCGUUGGACGAGGAGGCGAUGAUGCGUCGGGCUAUGGGCUUUACGGAAUUCUCUACUACCAAAAAUAAGCAACACCUUGACACCGACGUUUCCGGGGUUGCCAAGCGUUCGAAGCGCCAAUAUCGCCAGUACAUGAACCGCCGUGGCGGUUUCAAUCGCCCCCUGUCACCGACAUUCUGAUUAAUAUCCACGCUG